CCACACACACUGGAGGCAAUGCUGCCUCUAUUCUCCUCGGCCAGUAGGCUCCGCUACCCAGAUCAAAAAUUUCCACAACACGAGCGUUUCGCAGGAGAGCGGCGCAAGAACCGGCCGCUUCGUGCAGCGAUGCUGGCCCCGACGCCGGAGAACCGCUGAUCGGCACCGCGAGGAAACACGACAAGGCCGUCAGGAACCCCCGGAGGAGGAGGAGGAGGAGGAGGAGGAGGAGGAGGAGAAGAAGAAAGAAAGAAAGAAAGAAAGCACAGUGAUGUUGCGUGACAUGCCUCGGAAUACAUUGUGAAUGAUUGAAGACUUCGGGCCGAGCGGCGACAACAUGGCGGAUCGAAGGCAACUGUUUGUCGAGAUGAGGGCUCAGGAUCUGGACUCCAUACGAUUAUCGACGUACAGGACGGCCUGCAAACUCCGAUUUGUGCAGAAGAAAUGUAACCUGCACCUGGUCGACAUUUGGAACGUCAUCGAGGCUUUCCGAGAGAACGCCGUCAACGCCAUGGACCUCCGCGACGAGCUCCCCGUGGCUCGCCUGGAAGUGGUCCUGUCCACGAUCUUCUACCAGCUGAACAAGCGCAUGCCCAACACGCACCAGAUCGUCGUGGAGCAGUCCAUCGGCCUGCUGCUCAACUUCCUGCUGGCGUCCUACGACCCGGAGGGCCAGGGCAAGAUAUCUGUCUUUGUUGUGAAGAUGACCCUGGCAACCAUCUGUGGGGGGAAAAUCCUGGAUAAAUUAAGAUAUAUUUUCUCCCAGAUAUCAGAUUCUGCCGGCGUGAUGGUCCACUCGCAGUUUGACCAGUUCCUGAGGGAGGUGCUCAAAUUACCCAUGGCGGUUUUCGAGGGGCCUUCUUUCGGUUACACCGAACAAGCCGCGAGAACGUGCUUCACACAGCAGAAAAAGGUCUCCCUCAACACAUUCCUGGAUACGUUGAUGUCAGACCCGCCCCCUCAGUGUCUGGUGUGGUUACCGCUCAUGCAUCGGCUCACCAACGUGGAGAACGUCUUUCACCCGGUCGAGUGCUCCUACUGCAACACCGAGAGUAUGAUGGGCUUCCGCUACCGCUGUCAGCAAUGUCAUGAUUACCAGCUCUGUCAGGACUGCUUCUGGAGGGGGCAUGCCAGCGGUUCCCAUAGCAACCAGCACCAAAUGAAGGAGUAUACGUCAUGGAAAUCCCCCGCUAAGAAGUUAUCCCACGUGCUCAGCAAGUCCCUGAGCUGUGCAUCCAGCAGAGAGCCCCUCCACCCCGUGUUUCCAGACACGCCGGAAAAACCUCUCAACCUAUCUCAUAUUGUGCCGCCGAGACCGGUGAACAUCACCAACGACUACUCGCUCUCCCACUCCAUGCCGAUAUCAGGGAACCCUUACUCCACCAAAAGUUUGCUGGAGAGUAACCAUCAAGAUGAAGAGCACAGCCUCAUCGCUCGCUACGCUGCUAGACUGGCUGCUGAUGCCGCGGCUCAACAUCAGCGGAUCCCCACAGACCUCCCCGGCUCUCUGGACGCCAACAAACAGCAGCGGCAGCUCAUCGCCGAGCUGGAGUGCAAAAACAGAGAAAUCCUGCAGGAAAUCCAGCGGCUGCGCGUCCAGCACGAGGAGGCCUCCCAGCCGCCACCUGACCGGGGUCUGCAGAACCCCACUCUUCUGGCUGAGCUUCGACUUCUCAGGCAACGCAAAGAUGAGCUUGAGCAAAGGAUGUCUGCUCUGCAGGAGAGUCGCAGGGAGCUCAUGGUGCAGCUGGAGCAACUAAUGAUGCUUCUCAAGACUCAGGCCCCCGGCUCUCCGCGCUCCUCCCCCGGCCGGCAGAUCCCGACGCCGAUCCACACGGACUCUGCCGGCACGACCCCGACUCACACGCCGCAGGACUCGCUCAUGGGCGUGGGGGGGGACGUUCAGGAGGCCUUCGCUCACGGUCCGAGAAGAAAUUUAAGAAAUGACCUCCUCAUCGCUGCCGACUCCAUCACCAACACAAUGUCAUCGCUGGUUAGAGAACUCAAUUCAGAGGGUGGAAGUGAGACGGAGAGCACCACGGAUUCAGACUUUGGACGUGCUGACCUGUCGGCCACGACCUCUUCAGAUCCCUUCUUCACAUAUAAACCAAGGAGUGCCAGCGCUGCAGAGAGCUUCGAGAACGACCUGGAGCGGCGGCUGGAGGACGAGCUCAGCCUGGAGGAGCUGGUGCAGCACAGGCAGGAACCGGACAAGGCGUGCAUGGUGACGCUGCAGCAGUGACCGUGUUAGUCCAGGUGACUGGUGAGCAAUAUGAAAAGCAACAAUCGUAGGAGACACUGGACGAGGCGACACCGGGCCGACGGUACCGAGCACUGAAGACAUGAAGAAUUUAAGUUGAAUUAAAUGGCUGAAUCCAACCAUAGAAUACAUUUAUGUAAAGAUAUAUUUUUUAACCAACCGCAUAUUCAAGGUAAUACUGUGAGCCUGAUGUAAAGAGAUUAAUUCGUGAGCUGUCUAUUACACCACAGGUGCCAUAAAAUAAGCUUUGGGGGGGAAUUAUUUCUUAAUUUUGAGCCUUUUUAUAUGAGUUGUCAAGCAAAUGUGCGACUUACAAGUUAGUUCAUCCUUUCAAAUGUUCAUGUUUCUGCAAAAAACAGUGAAGCAGGUUUUUAAGUGUUUGUUUUGUCUUCUGAUUUUAAAAUAUAAACCUGUGUUGGAGUUGAAGUUAUAGGAUGAUACAUUUUGCAAUAUUUUAUAAAUGUAUAACUCCAGAUUCAACCACUAGUCCAUAGAUUAUUUUAAUUAUUAUUAUUUUUUUUACAGUUGCUGUCGAGUGGCUUUCGUAUUGUUUUUGGAGCAGGCCGAACAAAUACGCUUGUCUUCUUUCAUACGUUAUUAAUAAUAAUGCACACAUGCCUUAGCUGAUUGGAUGACCUCUCAAUGGAGCUUGAGUUAAGUCAGUUAAAGAUAAAGAUGGAUUUGUUCUGAUACCUGGAAGUGUUUUAAGAUACGCUGAACAUAUGUAACACACAUACUUCCAAACGGUUUACACCAAUGAGGGCAUUGAACAAACUGUGCUUACUCUCCAAUGUUUUAUGAAUUAAGAAUUCCAUCAUUCGCCAUCGUUUCAUUUGGUAUAGCGUCGCUGCUCGUGCACACAACUCUCUCACACACCAAACACACACACACACACACACACACACACACACACACACUCUCAAAGUGGCCAAAGCCAAUCUAAAAUCAUAAAUGUGUGAAAUGUAUCUAGUUUGAAUUUUGAGCAAGUUCAUAGCAGUGAUUUUGCAUGGUGGUGAAGCAUAAUAAUAAAGUGUUGACACAAUAUC